AUGCACGGCGGCUUGGGCAGGCCAGCUCCUGGAAACCUAUCUCAGGGUGAUUUUAUCCUGGUUCAUUACGAUUUUCCAGAUACAGAAUGGCAUACUCGACUUUUGCUAUCUCAUGUUCACGAAUCGGUUUGGGUGAUUUUGACACCCCAAGCAGAUCUAUACCUGGAAGACCUCAAUGGACCAGACAUCACCGCGUGGAGAUGUUUCGACCCUCAGGGACCAGUGCCAUAUGGAAUCAAUGCCCACGACAUCCAUCCUUUCAGAAACCUUCCCGACGAGGCUGCCAAGGCUCAGUUGUUUCAGGAAGGGGAUCGCCAUGCGUCAACCGAACGCGCACGUCUGGGGCUUCCGGCGCCAGUGAAUGCUGGAAUUCCUGCAGCCGUGGCGGGAGGCGGACCGCAUGUCAAUCUUCCUCCUGCAGGUGGAGCCAGACAGGACAUUGCAGGAGGUGGGGCAGGUGGAAAUGCAGCACUUGUAGCUGCGCUGAACCAGCCUGGCGGAGUGGAUGUCGACGACUCCAAGGUGGACGACGCCAGAACCUUGGCGAUUUCAAGAGACGAGGAAGGCAAUCGAUUCAAAGACUUCCGUUCAGGGGUCCAAGAAUGCAAGCAGUGCGAUUUCACAGACUGGCCAAUUGGAGGUCCGCGGACCGCAAAGCAUGUGGUGUUGGAAAUGGUGAAUCAUGCCGGAUCGGCGCUAGCCCAUCACCAGGCAUGGCGAGUUGCGUGCAAGUUUCAGCCUUCAGAUGGACCGGCAGUCGAGCACGAGGGUCUAUGCAAGAUCCUCCACACCAUGCUGACGUACGACCAGCUGGACAUUUCAAAUUUGGCCAGUGCAGAACUCAUCGCAAGAGGCAUUCAAAGGAUCGAGGAGAAGCACAAGUUCAAACUGCAGGCAUCCGACGACUCUGGAGAAGGUGCGCUGUUCAUGGGCGCAAUGGGCGGAGCACGGAUUGGUUCAGUGGUGUCCCCAAAACUCACGGAGUGGGUUGGAGGGGAGCUCCAAAAGGAGGCACUGGUGGCGAAAGAACGUCGCAAAGCACGGGAGGAGAGGAACCUGGCCAGGAAGUCAGCUGGAAAAGAUGGGGACAAGGACAAGUGA